AUGGGUGACAUCUCCCUCCCCGCUCCGCUCCCACCACCAACAUGGCCCAACAGAUUCCAACACGUAGACACCCUCCUGGACCAUCCGGGCCCCAGCACCGACCCCGAUUUCGUCGGCGGCGAAGCUGUCAAGCGCUUCUUACGCGAAGAUAGCAAGGUGCUCGUCAUCGGCGCCGGGGGGCUGGGGUGCGAGAUCUUGACGAAUUUGGCCCUCAUGGGAUUUGCGGAUAUUCAUGUGAUUGACAUGGAUACUAUCGACAUCAGCAACCUUAACCGACAGUUCCUGUUCAGACCGAAAGAUGUCGGAAAACCAAAAGCGAUCAUCGCUGCAGAGUUUGUCAUGUCCCGCGUUCCGGGCACCAAAGUCACCCCCUACUUCGGGAAGAUACAGGAUAAGCCCGAGUCCUACUACAUGCAGUUCAAUCUCGUCAUCUGCGGGCUGGACAGUGUCGAAGCCCGGCGAUGGAUGAACGCUACACUCGUGGCGAUGGUCGAUCCCGACGUGCCGGAGAGUCUCAAGCCGAUGAUUGACGGUGGUACAGAGGGUUUCAAAGGCCAGGCGAGGGUCAUCCUACCUUCUAUCACGAGCUGUUAUGAAUGCAGCUUGGAUAUGCUUAACAAGCAGACUGUCUUCCCCAUCUGUACGAUCGCGAAUACUCCUAGGCUGCCGGAACACUGUAUCGAAUGGGCGAGCGUGCUAGAGUGGCCCAAAGUCUUCCCAGAUAAGAAACUCGACACAGACGACCCGGAGCACAUCCAGUGGCUCUUCACGCACGCCUCUACCCGCGCGCGCGAAUUCAAGAUCGAAGGCGUGACCUGGUCUCUCACCCAAGGCGUCGUCAAGAACAUCAUCCCCGCGAUCGCGAGUACGAACGCGGUGAUCGCCGCUUCCUGCUGUACGGAGGCGUUCAAGCUGAUGACGAACUGCGCGCCGAGGCUGGACAACUACUUUAUGCUUAUUGGCACGGAGGGCGUGUAUUCGUAUACGUUUCAACAUGAGAGGAGGCCGGAGUGUCCCGUUUGUGGAGGGGAGACGAUCGAUAUGCCCGUAAAGAAGGAAUGGACGCUUGAGAGACUUAUCGAGGCUCUGGAAGAGAGGCAGGAUAUACAAGCAAAGAAACCCUCCCUAUCCGUCAACGGCCGCAGCUUGUACCUCCAAGCCCCUCCGCAACUGGAACGCGCCACCCGGCCAAACCUGGAAAAGAAGCUUGUCGAUCUUGUGAACGAUGGGGACGAGCUGACGGUCACGGCUGGGUCAUUGCCGUUUAAUCUUACCCUGAGGGUGCUGUUGAAGGAUUGAGUCGGUGGCCAGGGGGGGAUAGACUAGAUGAAGCGGAUCUGUAUGAAUAGAACUAAUACACCUCAUGCGCACUC